CUCUGCAACACCCUAAUUGGUCACCGGCGGUACUGUGAUUUUUUCAUCAAUAAACACGGAAAAAGGUGGAUAUGGCAACUUUUAAAGCGAAGAAGAAACGAAAUAUUCGCCAAAGAAAAACCUCUUCUGAUUCUGAAGAUGAUGGAGAAUCUAAUAAAGAUAUUAGGUCUAUCUUGGAAGAAACAAAAGAAGCUCAGAAGUUCAGAGAGAGACCCCAUGGUGUCAGUGCAACAGCCCUUCUCACAGGCAAGAAAAUGACAAAAGUCGAAGAAAUGAAUGAUGAUGACCCAUUCAAUCUGAAGGCGGGUGGGAUGGUGAACAUGAAGGAUAUCAAGGACAGAAAUAGAGACAGGUCUGAUGAAGCUUAUGAUCGUGAUGUUGCUAACAUGGGAAGCACUUUUGCUGUUGAGACAAACCAGAGAGAUGAAGACGCUGAAAUGAUGAAAUAUAUUGAGAUAGAAAUGAACAAGAAGAAAGGGUUAGACCUUGAUAAAGAAUCAGAUCCAACAAGAGAAGGACCUAAACAUAAAACACCCGAGGACAAGCUCUAUGAAUUACCUGAUUACCUCAAGGUUGAAGCACAGAAGAGCUCAGAAGAAAUGCUUUCUAAUCAGAUGCUUUCUGGAAUACCAGAAGUAGAUCUUGGAAUAGAUGCUAAGAUCAAGAACAUUGAAGCUACUGAAGAAGCCAAACAGAGACAUUUAGAGGAGAGAAGGAAUAAGAAGAAGAACACUACUUCCUUUGUACCCGCAAAUAUGGCUGUGAAUUACGUGCAACAUUCAAGAUAUAUGCAUGAGGAUUAUUACGCAUCCAAACAUCAACGCAAUCAACAGCGUCAAAAGAAGGAAGAGGAACCAAAACCUAAACCUGUGGUGGUAGGAGAUGCUGACCAACCAAGAAAACCAGAACCACCUGCUCCGACAGUCAAGCGGAAAGUUCCAAAUGCUGAGAAAGCUACUGAUGAUUAUCAUUAUGAACGGUUCAAGAAACAGUUGAGAAGAUAUUGAUGAUUAUCAUUAUGAACAUUCCAGAAACGGCUGAGAAGAUACUGAUUAUCCUUAUGAACAGUUGUAGAAACGGCUGAGAAGAUACUGAUGAUUAUCAUUGUGAACGGUUCAAGAAACAGUAGAGAAGAUACUGAUGAUUAUCCUUAUGAACAGUUCUAGAAACAGCUGAGAAGUUACUGAUUAUUAUCCUUAUGAACAGUUCUAGAAACGGCCGAGAAGAUACUGAAGAGCUCUCCACUCGAUCAACCUCUGUGCAGUGUGAAGGAGAGGUCGAAGAAUUUUGAACAUUUUCUUCGUCAUGUUUUAUCGUCACUCAUGUGCUCGCAGAAGAAGCACAAGAGGUGCUGAAGAUAUUUUGGUAUGCUUCUGCUAUUCUUCCCAAGGAAACGCUGUGAGAUCCAGCUGCCUAGGAUUGUGUUUCUAAAUACUCCUUGAAUCAUUACAUGAGGUACUGAGGAUAUACAAGUUAUUGAACAUCAGAAUCUCUAAUGCGUCCAGAGGAAACCCUGAUAGAUCCAACUGCCUGGGAAGUUUUAGGUGAUGAUCUGUAGCAUGAAUUCCAAGGUAUAGCUUCCUAGAUUAUGGUUGUUGCAAUUCUGGGCUGUGCUUUCAAAGAAAAGGACAACUUUUACAAGAGAGUAGCAGGUACCCACUAAAGAGUAAAACCCUAAGGGACACUUUGAAUUCCAUUAAAUCCACUACUCAAAUAGUCCCUGGGGGCCGUUUCAUAAAGCUGUUCAUAACUUAAGAGCGAGUUUUAGAACGACUGGUGAUCCUUUCUUAAGCGCUUAACAAUCGCCAAUUGAUAUACCAUUUGCCACAAGAAAGAAUCACAAGUCAUUCUUAAAGCCGCUCUUAACUUAUGAACAGCUCUAUGAAACACCCACCUGGUUUCUUAAGUAUCUACUAUUCAGUAAAGUUGAUUAUGUAGUAUUUUAAUGAAUUCUCAUUACUAAUUUCCAGCAUGUAUUUUAGAAUAACCGAUUGUAAUGGCCUCAUUCACUAUCAUUGCUACGUCUUGAGUAUUAGCCCAUAUAAAUCAGGUGAAGCUGGAGGCUUUUUUAUCAUCUGUUUCAGCUAUGUGUAUAUUAACCUAAUUAAAGGACAAGUCCAUCCAUAAACAAAACUCAAGUUGAUGUGAAUAAAAAUAGAAAAAUCCAACUAGCAUAA